AUGAAUUCAAUGUGGAGGAGACUUCAUUCAUCCCUUGAUUCAGGUUAUUGUCCUGGUUAUUUGAGGGUCCAAAUCAUGCGUAUAUCUGGUGGAGGGGCGAGGCCGAAGAAGAAAGUUUAUUACAGGGUGCCUGAGCUGGAUAAAGUAAUGGACCUCCAAAAGAAACCAGCAAUGAUACUGAGGCUGAAAUCCAUUGUGGAAUCUCGAAAGCACAAGUUUCUGCUUCUUAGAGACCUUGAAAAGGAAGUUGGAUUCGUGCACAAGUGGAAUUUUAUGGCUCUCAUUGAAAAGUACCCUUCAAUUUUCAAGGUUUCUGGAGGUGACGGAACACCUCCAAGGGUUACGCUCACGGAGAAAGCUGUAAAGACAGCCGCUUUGGAGGCAAAUGCCAGAGAUGAAAUGGAGCCCAUUUUAGUUAAGAAUUUGAGGAAAUUGUUGAUGCUAUCAGUUGAUUGUAGAUUGCCGUUGGAAACAUUUGAAAUGAUUCAGGAUGAAUUAGGUUUGCCCUCUGAUUUUAAAAACUCUUUGAUUCCAAAAUAUCCACAAUUCUUUUCGGUAAAAGGGUUCAAUGGGAGGGAUUAUCUUCACUUGGAGCACUGGGACUCUGCUUUAGCUGUAACUGCAAGAGAGGAGCUAGCACACCUGGAAAGUUUUGAUCGUGAUAGACGUUUUAACAAGGUUAGAAUAUCCAAAGACGGUAACCUUCCAGGUCCGUUUGCAUUUCACGUAAAGUUUCCUGCCGGUUUUAGGGCCAAUAAGGGCUAUCUUGACCAACUUCAGAGAUGGCAGAAAAUGGAAUUCCCUUCGCCGUACUUGAAUGCUAAGAGAUUCGACAUUUCCUCUGAUCCGAAAGCUAGAAAGAGAUUAGUGGGAGUGCUUCACGAAUUUCUCAGUCUCACCAUGGAGAAGCGGUUAACAUCUGCUCAGUUGGAAGCCUUCCAUUCGGAGUACAGAUUACCUGCUAGGCUAUUGCUUUGUCUCAUUAAGCAUCAUGGCAUCUUCUACCUUACUAAUAAGGGUGCAAAGAGUACUGUAAUCCUGAAAGAGGGUUAUGAUGGAUCAGAUUUGGUUGAUAAGUGUCCCUUAUUGCUGUUCAGGGAUAAAUUUAUAGCACUCACUGGUAGGAGAGAUAUGGUGGAUCGUUCAACGUUUGCACCAUCUGUAUCAUAUGAUUUUGCAUAA